AUGGGCGACGAUAAUUGGGGGUUUCGGGGAUGGAUUAAACUCGAAAUUCCGUUCUCCGUGGCCGUCAAAGAACGGAUGGCCUAUAUUUUGUCAUGUCAAACGAAUUCAUUGGAGCCGGCACUUCGACCUUAUGAUAUCUUUGUGGCUUCGCAGAGUGCCACGCAGACUGUUGAGGAACAAGACUGCGAGCCGUAUUAUGAAAUCAACUAUGAGGUGAAAUCGCAUCAUUUCGAUUCGCGGCUUCUAAAUGCGCUACGGGACUAUUUUACCGCCAUCAAUCGGGAGAAUCUCAUGCCAUUCCAACGUGGCAAUCUCGUUCUGCAUAGCUCCGACUUCUGGUCAUCAGAGCUCAUGUGUCACGAGGCAAAUGUCCCAUUGUCGGCAUUUUACUUCGGAAAUAUACAAGGCGGAACAUUUAUCAAUCAUUGGGAGGUCUCGUUCUGGGAAGAAGCUCAAUCUCGAUAUGGACGAGGUGGAAUAUUGCGAGAAGCCAUUGAGAAAGCGGGCCUCAAUCAGAUUUAUUGCGAUUUCGAGUUUGACAAAUCCGAUCUGCUCAUGAUUCAUUUCAGACAGAAGGAGAAAAUGGAAGUCCAAGAAGUUCGCCAAAACGUCACGUCCUUCUACCAAAUUACGGUGAGACGAACGUCGAUCCGUCGGAUUAUUAUGGACCCAUGUGUAACGGACCAGUUCGGCACGAAUCGAUAUCGCAUUCAUUUCGAGUUGAAUUGUCCGGUGCUUAUUCGGCGAGGAUUUUUCACGGAUAAACAACUUGCUACACAGAAGCACCUUAUACCCGUUUUUAAGAGAAGAUUGACAAUUAAUCGAGGGAGACGAGAGAAUCAGUUUCCGACGGCUCUUGCGAUUUCUGAUAGUCCCGUGUUCACUAUUGAAUUCGACACCACUGUUGAUCUUUGCCUCAUUUAUCGUCUCGUUUCUCGUCUUCGAUUCCGCACUGGCGUCUCGAUUGAAUUUGCCGUGAUGCCGUCAAUUGAUUGCCUAAUUUGGCGCGAGAAUCCGUAUCAUCGAUGGACGCUGAAUGGAAGCGGAAAUUAUGAUUCGCCGACGAGCUUCACGGCGCCGAUUUAUCGAGAUUUCAUAGCAACAGCUUUUCCGAAGAAGAACGAGGUGAGCGGCUCGCGCGAAGUCGACACGAACCGCGAACGCAAAUUCGCCAUCACCUACCUCAUCGAAUGUCUUCUUUCGCGCGGCGCCGUCGUCAAAGAUCAGAUUCUUCUCGAUGAGCUCGUGUGGCAUCGAUUCCUCGAGGUUAUUCUUCAUUAUUGCUCAAAAGAUGACAAGCUAUGCGAAGCUGGUCUAGAGGAUCUUGUGCAUAUGAUUGAUGGAAGAAAACGAGUAGGAAGUUUGAUUAAAUGUUUUGAUCGAAUUUGUCGCACGCGUGAGAAGAAUAGCCUUGUGAAUGGUCUGACACGUGAGGAGAUGCGCGAAGGUUAUCAGCGAGUCCGUAAAAUCAUCUUCACGCCAACUAGAAUAAUCUAUGUUGCGCCGGAAACGCUAAUGGGAAAUCGUGUGUUGAGACGAUACGAUCAUGAUGGAACUCGUGUAUUACGAAUCACCUUCCGUGACGAUGACAACACAAAAAUGCGAACGAGCAAGACAUCGAAGGUUAUUCUCGAGAAAACGGUCGAUCGUUAUUUGCGAGACGGUGUGACGAUCGCCGGACGAGCAUUCGGCUAUCUGGGAAGUUCGAACUCGCAAAUGAGAGAUAACGGAGCGUAUUUUAUGGAGAAAUAUUCAUCAGCACAAUAUCGCGACUAUUUAAAGGAGCAUAACAACCAGCCGCCGUCGUUGACGUUCAAUCCAAAAAUUCAGGAGGCUCGCAAAAAUUUGGGCCGUUUCGAGAAGAUUGACAAUAUUCCGAAAAUGAUGGCACGUCUUGGGCAGUGCUUCACGCAGAGUCGGCUAUCCGGUGUCGAUUUGGAGCGUCACACUUAUAUUACGACGUUCGAUUUAACGGGUGGCAAGAAUUCGAAAGGUGAUGAAUUCACAUUUUCCGACGGAGUUGGCUUAAUGAGCCGAAAAUUCGCGCAAAAAGUGUCGGUUGUGAUGGAAUUUGGAAAAGGCGUGCCGAGUUGUUUUCAAUUUCGAUUUCGCGGAAUGAAAGGUGUGAUCGCCAUUGAGCCGCUUCUCGAUGAUAUUCGCCGUUGGGCGCUUCGGAAUCAGAUGCAGACGCCCGAUGACGACCGAAAAUGGGAAUUGAAUUGCGCGUUUAGGCCGAGUCAAAUCAAGUUCAUCUCGAAACGCCAUCCAAAAGAUCAGGUGGAAAUUGUGAAAUACUCAUCGCCGGUUCCAGUGGCUCUCAAUAAGCCGUUUAUUAAUAUUCUUGAUCAGGUGUCCGAAAUGCAAUCGCUUGAAUGUCAUCGACGAGUAACAAAUCGAAUCGAAGAACUCCUUGAUCGUCAGAUGUUUCUUUUCGCGCAGCAAGUUGUCGAUGAGACGCAUUGCAGGAAUCGUUUAAAGGAACUUCCGAGGCGGGUUGACGUCGAUGUUCUGAAAACGACGUAUGGAUUCACGUUGUCGAGCGAGCCGUUCUUCAGAAGUCUCAUUAAAGCGUCGAUCAAAUUUUCGAUUACCAAACAGCUUCGAAAAGAGCAGAUUCCGAUUCCGCACGAGCUCGGCAGAUCGCUGUUGGGUGUCGUCGAUGAGACGGGCCGAUUGCAGUACGGACAGAUUUUUGUGCAGUACACGAAGAAUUUGGCGUUGAAAUUGCCGCCGCCGCACGCUGCCCGACAGGUUUUGCAAGGCAAAGUGCUUCUGACGAAGAAUCCGUGCAUCGUUUCCGGCGAUGUUCGUGUGUUCGAGGCCGUCGACAUUCCCGAACUCCAUCACAUGUGCGACGUCGUCGUGUUCCCGCAGCACGGGCCACGACCGCAUCCCGACGAGAUGGCCGGCUCCGAUUUGGACGGCGACGAGUACUCGGUGAUAUGGGAUUCGGAGCUGCUUUUAGACCACAAUGAGGAGCCGUUUGAUUUCACUUCAGAGAAGCAGAAGGUCGCGUUUGAUGAGAGGAAAAUUGACGAUUUGAUGCGAAAAUUCUAUGUGGAAUACCUGACGUUGGACUCGGUUGGAACGAUUUCGAACAAUCAUUUACAUUGCUCGGAUCAAUAUGGGCUCAAUGCUAGGGUUUGUAUGGAUUUGGCGAAGAAAAAUUGUCAAGCCGUCGAUUUUACGAAAUCGGGACAACCGCCGGAGCCGUUGAACACACGAUGGAGAAAUGAUCCCGUAACGAAUGAAUUGAUACCGCCGGAACGAGCCGAACGUGUUCCCGACUAUCAUAUGGGCAAUGAUCAUAUGCCCAUGUAUGUUAGUCCGAGGCUGUGCGGAAAAUUGUUCAGGGAAUUCAAAGCGAUUGACGAUGUUUUGAAGAUUUCGGAGGAGCGCGACGAGCAGACUGAGAUCACGAUCGAUGAGACAAUUUAUAUCGACGGAUUCGAGAAGUAUAUGAUGAAUGCCAAGGAGAAUUUGGCGCGCUAUAAUGCACAGCUUCGGUCGAUCAUGGAGAAUUACGGGAUUCGAACGGAAGGCGAGAUCUUCUCCGGUUGCAUUGUCGAUAUGAGGAAUCGAAUUUCCGACAAAGACCAAGAUGAUAUGUCGUUCUACAAUACGAAUCAGAUGAUAGAGACGAAAAUCACAAAUUUGUUUAAACGAUUCAGGGAGUCGUUUUUUGAGGAAUUUGGCGGCUAUAUGUCACAUACGGAAGCGACACCUCGUGCCAAUGAUGAGAGCAACAUUCUUCAGAGGCAGUGCAAAAGCCCGACGGCCGAUAUGAUGAAGAAGGCGGUCGCGUGGUACAAAGCGUGCUACGAAGAGGCGAAAAAAACGCGUGAAAACAAGAAGCUCUCGUUCGCCUGGACCGUGUAUGACGUCAUCGGAAUGGUGAAGCAACAAGUGACGCUGGAUUCUGAGAGUUCGAUAAUGACGAGCUCGAAUCCGCUGUUUGCGAUGCUUGACAGUCAUCGGCAACAGUAUCUUAUCGAUAAUGGUGCCGAGUUUGAAGAAUUUUGCAAAUUUGACGAAGUUGGAAAUGGACAAGCGCGGAGAGCAGUUGAAAUUUUGAAAAUGUACACUCAUAAGUAUCCAGGCCUUCACGAAGUGCUUUUCUUGUGCCAUCAAUGGGCCAAAGUGUCGAAAUUGUUCGAUGGCGCCAUCAAACAGCACCAUUUUGCGUUGUUGUUCGUCUUGUUCGCCACUAGGCAGUUCGCAUCGGUCGACGGCAAUGCUGGAGCAUUUUUCGAAAAGAUCGAUGAGAAAACGUACAUUCAACAAAUCGAGGAUGACACGUUUGAGCCGGAAGAUGCGAUACCGGAACGAGAGAAAUCGAAAAUGACAGUCAAAUUUCUUGAAUUUCUCGCUUCGCGACGAUUCCGAAAAUUGUCGAACAUCUCAUUCCGAUCGCUCAAUUUGUCGUCGGUGUUCAUGCGUGGCGAAUGGAUACCGAUUCAUACGUCGGCCCUCAAAACCUACUACAAUAUUUUGUUCAAUUUGCGCUUCGAGGAGUUGCCGGUGUCGACGGAUCCGACGAUAACGGUGCGAACGAUCAUCCGAGAGAACGAGCCGUUUGUCAUUGAGCUUCCGGCUGAUUGCGAUCGUCUCAUGGUGCAGAAGAAGCUGAAAGAAGUGACCGGUGUUGAGGAGAUUUCGAUGAGACACAUGGAGAAAGUGAUGAGGAGUGGUGAAAACGGCAGGAGUAACAUUCGACUUCUUGUCUCGACACGUGGAACUCUUGAAUCGAUGUACAAAUUGCGCCAAUUGGUUGCUGUAAAGGUUCCAAUCAAGACCUACGUGACGGGAAAAGAGAUUUCGGCGCAGUUGGCGCGUUUGUGCUACGAGAAAAUCAUGCGCGGCAUAAUCGACUAG